AGGGAGCGAGUUGGGAUACCCUACAGUGCGCAAUUCACAUCCGAUAACGGUGCAAAUCGUCAUAGGCAAUUAGUUGCCUUCGCUGGAAAGAAAUAAUUAUCACAAUCACCGCGACGCGUAAAUCUAAACCUUCGAAUCCUGCCGAGGAUACUUCUUCCAACCCGGUCCAGCGACCACACUCGAUCUCUACUUUUCAUAGACCCGCCUGUUGGUAGCAGCCCACGCCGAACCUGAGCGCCAACAACUUCCGGGGCCAAGAUGGCGCCGCCAGACCACGACACUCAGAUCAAGGUGUCCAGCGACGCCGCAGAGACCUUUGUCAACCGCUACUACGAUGCGAUCAGCCGCAGGGCGCCCAUCCUUCCCUUCUACGUCAACUCCACGACCCGCUACACCAAAACGGCCGACAUCUCUAUCAACGGCGCCGUAGUCCCGACACCGGCAGAUUACUUCAAUCAACUGGCAGAGCAGUCUAACGGACACCCGGUCACCUACGAAGUCGAAUCUUUCGAUGCCCACGUCACCAACCCAUCGUUCACGUACGAAAUGCCCGAAAAUCUCCCCAUUAAGGAGAAAGCAGAGAGCAAGGGCGAGAUGAUGAGUAUCUCGGUCUCGGUCAUGGGUAGGGUGCAAUAUGGAAAGGGCAGAGAGGCGCCGAAAAGGAUGUUCAACGAGUCGUUUGUGCUCUGGCCGAACUGGGAAGCGAUGCAAAAGAACCCACCAAAGGGCAUCAAGCAGUGGCUGAUCGCAUCACAAAACUACAGGUCAUUAUAGAAAGGUCAACUCGGCGUACGGAAUCAGAAAGAAUACAAUGAUACCCUGGGAAGGCAGAUGUCUGUCUAAGUAGCCAUUGGCGGCGUUGGAAGCUUGUGGUGGUCCAUUGGAUCCUAUGGAUGACUGAGGUGUUGGACGUCACGUUUGCGAAUAUCUAAUUUUGCGACAGACGCAACGUAAUCCACGUGAAAAUAGAAGAGCGCAGGACGUGAUGGGAUAU